AUGCAGCGCGUUUCUGCUUUCCUGCCCUCGUGGGAGAAGAGGAACUCCGGCAGCAGCAAGACCGGCACCUUUUUCGGCCGGAGGGCGUCGCAGCCUCCGCCUCCCAAUGGCCUGGCCAAGAUCAACACCGAGACGGCGAAUCUGGGCGCCAAGCGGGUUCAGCGAGAAGCCUUUUGGCCUGCGACGCUGGACCUCGAGUGCGACAAAGCUGCCCGAAUCCUCAAAUCCUUUUGCGUGGAUGGCUACUUUGCCCCUACAGGUCCCGAUAGCGACGCGCCGGCGUCUCCCUCUUCCACCUCGACGGGCAUCAAGACGCUGGACCAGGUCCCCAAGAAGAUUCCUAGACGAAUAAUACAAAAUGCGGCCGGUAUUGCCGUCUUCACAUGUAUGCGAAGCGGCCUGUGGAUGACCGGCUCGGGCGGCUCAGGCAUCCUGAUAGCUAGGAAGUCUGACGGAACCUGGUCUCCGCCCUCUGGCAUUAUGCUCCACACCCCGAGUCUCAGCUUCAUCAUCGGAGUCGACGUCUACGACUGCGUGCUGAUCAUCAGCAGCCAUACCGCGCUUGAGUCUGUCACCAGACCUCGCCUGACCCUGGGCGAAGAUGUCGAGCUCCGGGCUGGAGAGACGGUCUCACUCGGCUCUGAGGAGAUUGAAAUCAACUGGAAAGAGCUGGGCAACACCGUGCUGACGUACAUGAAGGCCCGAGGCCAGCAGCAAUCGGUCAAUCUAUACGGAUGCAUGCUGUCCGAGCGCAGCAACGAAAAUGAGCGCUUCUACGCUUCUGACGUCACCCACAUGGAUAUCCUUGCCGGCAACGUCGCUCGAGAUGUCGAAGAGACGACUGCUUUGAACGAGGUCCUCAAGAUGGCCGAAGGAAGAACUGAUUACGACUCAUCCGUCAUCAACAAGGUUGCCGCAGAGCCGGCGCCGAGCGAUGCCUUGAUCACAUCAACCCCCCCAAAAACAGCAUCCAUUCCCUCGUCUCCCCACUCUUCGUUUGGGCUCCCGCAGGCGGAUGACCCCGACCCCUUUGGUAUUUUGGCACUGGAAAUGGCCGGACUUGAAAUCCGCGAGGCUGGCUCUCGCAUCCGGCCGACCAGUAGCUUGUUCGACAUGAACCAGAACCCCAUGAGCCCUGUUGCUUCGUCCAAGCGCAGCCGGCAGAGCAUGGAUACCUUUGUAUCAAGGAGCAACCGAGGAAGCUACGUGUCAAUGCGUACCAUCAGGAGUCAAGUCACUGAUGCCGGUACUCAGACUGACACGGGCAACACUCCAGAAACGUCCCCGAGCCCAGGUCUUAGCGGUGGUAGUGGACGAGCUUCUCCUGCUUAUAUUCCUGUGGUGAAGGAAGAGGAUGAGGAAGAGAUGGAACAAGAGGAAGAGGAAGAGGAAGAAGAGGAAGUGGUCAUCCCUCCUAGAUCUGCAAACAGACUCUCCAAAGAUGUAGCCGUUGGCCCGGACGCUGUCGACGAAGAUGAGCUAAGCCAAGGUGAUACCGAAUCGCUCUCAGAAAGCCUUCGCCGUGAAGAAGAUGCUUUGAGUCACGGUGAAUCAAGCGAAGAGGACGAGCUGUUUGAGGACGAGGACGAGGAUGACGAGAGUGACGAGGAGUUCAACGACGCUGACGACGAAGACGAUAUCGAGGAAGAGCCCGUGGUUUUCGAAGUCGCUGCGGUACAACGUACCAGCACCCAGAUGCGCUCCUCCGGCAUGAUCCAAGCUCGGGGUAACGUGGUGACCAUCGCCAAGAGGGUGCCUCCGCCACUGCCCACACGCAGCCCCGCCAGGAUGUCACGCAUUGCCAAGAAAGAUGCCGACGGUGAGGGAAUUGACCUUCAAAGUCCCCUGAGCCAAACAUUCAGCAGCGAUGGCGAUCUGGAUAGCCAAGACGCCGAUGCUAAGAGCAUCAUCGAGGCUGGCAUCACAAAGGAGGAGGAGCAACAGCCGGAGAUUGAGCACUCUGAAAGUGAGAAAAGCGAUGCCGCAGAGCCCCAGCAUCAGGCUGUAGCUCAAGAGGAUGAGGCUUCCGAGGCUUCCGAGGUUGAAGAGCCAAGUGCCGAUGAGAUUGGGUUGGAAACCGGCAAGCAGGACGAUGCCCUCUUGAGCGAGCCCCAUAACGAGCAAGCCGAUAACUCGGAUGCCGCAUCGAACAAGAAGAAGCAUACCUCAUCCAUCUACACUGGCGUGACUGAGGAUCGCUGGAGCUGUGACGGAUCAUCCGUCACCACGCCUACCUCUGAGCGACGGUUUUCCAUUACUGAAAACCAGAUUACCGAUGAUACAACCAAGAAGACUAUACAAGAACGAGUAGAAGAAAUUGAU